UCCGUGAACGGAUGUACUUUUCAAAUGUUGCUGAUGAGACGCUGGUCCAGUCUGGGACCUCAAAAACAGCUGGAAUCUGGAACUGAGCCUAGAAAAUAGUCGAAGACAAAACCUGGGCAUUAGCUAACUGAGCUAAAAGGUUGCUUCUCACUAGGGUGUCAAGAAUAAUGCUGACUGAAGAUGGAUGCUCCUGAGUACUUGGAUUUGGAUGAGAUUGACUUCACUGAUGAUUCAGUGUAUUCUGUGACAUCCUUGAAGAACAUUCCAGAGCUGUCCAGAAGAAACGAUGGUCAGGGAGAAGAAAGACAAGCCCCAGCCAUCAACUGGAGCCGUGGUGUGUCGUCACAUAGUGGCGGUGGAAUCAAGCCGACCGGCAUCGCCGACGUCCACAGCAAAUUCCGGCCUGUGAAGAGGGUCUCGCCACUCAAACAUCAACCGGAGACCUCUGACAACGAGAGUGACAACGAGGCUCAGGCUCACAAUGGGGAAGGCAGCAGCAAAGAAGAAGCCUCAGACAAAACACCUGCAGCCUGCGAAGGCCAGGGAUUUAAAGCCAAGAGCCUGGGAACCGGAGGAGCUCUUUUUGGGGAGCUGGAGCACUACGACCUGGACAUGGAUGAGAUACUGGAUGUGCCUUACAUUAAAUCCAGCCAACAUGUCUCUACUCUUCCCAGAGUUCCCCAUGACAAAAGGACAGUGGGUGGCGGUGGCAACGCCAGUGACAGGUGCCACGGCGUUAAGACCUCCACACUUACCCACCCUGAGAGCCUUGCAAGUGUCACCCAGUACUGUAUGCUUUCGCCCGUCAAAUGGUCUGAUAUGAGGAAGUUGAAAUCUCUGGACCCGGACAAUCACCGGCCACACGCUGGGGGCUAUGACCACUCCACACCAGGAUCACUUAGCAGUUCCUCUGCCUCAGACAUGGAUAAACUUUUAGCCAACAGGGCCUACCCAGAGACACAGGCACACAAGACAGGGGCUGACACCCCUGGGAGCAGCCAGGCUAUGAUGUUCCCCCUCCAGGGCUGUGCUGGGUCUAGGCAGGACAGCAGUAAGACCUGGAACGGUACAAGACUGCACGGAGAGUGUGAUGACGAGACCAAGAAAUCCCAGAACAUCAUCAAUAUCAUCCGAGAAGGGCAGAUCUCUCUGUUGCCUCACCUGGCCGCUGAUAACCUGGAGCUGAUCCAGGACGAGGAGGGGAACAACCUGCUCCACAUCUCUGCGUCCCAGGGCCAUGCUGACUGCCUGCAGCACCUCACCUCCCUCAUGGGAGAGGACUGCCUCAACGAGCGCAACAACCACCAGCUUACACCUGCUGGGCUCGGGGUGAAGAACGGCCAUUUGGAGUGUGUGCGCUGGAUGGUGAGUGAGACGGAGGCCAUCGCCGAGCUAAGCUGUAGCCGAGAGCACCCCAGUCUCAUCCACUACGCAGCCCGCUACGGACAGGAAAAGGUUCUGCUGUGGCUGCUCCAAUUCAUGCAAGAGCAAGCCAUUUCUCUGGACGAAGUGGACCAGUACGGAAACAGUGCAGUGCAUGUAGCUGCUCAGUACGGCCAUCUCACUUGCAUUCAGACCCUGGUGGAGUACGGCUCCAACGUCACCGUGCAGAACCAGGGCGGCGAGAGGCCUUCCCAGAGUGCCGAACGGCAGGGCCACACCACCUGCGCCCGCUACCUGGUGGUGGUGGAGACGUGCAUGUCGCUGGCCUCCCAGGUGGUCAAGCUCACCAAGCAGCUCAACGAACAAGCAACAAAGACGAAUGCUCUACAGAAUCAAGUUCAGCUACACCUGGAUCCCUUAAAAGCAGAGGGAACUUUGCCACGAUCGCCCAGCUCCCAUGUCCCGUCUGUGGAGGCGUGGCCUGAGAUGACCCUGACCGCAGAGGGGACACCCGGGGAUGGCCACUGGAUCCUGAGGCAGAGGAGCGUCGACUCAGACACCGUCCUGCGCCAACUACUGGGUAAAGACAUCUCAGACAAGGUGUGCACCAAGGAGAAGCUGUCCCUGGAGUUCCAGGAGGGCUCCAAAGCGGGGCCUCCUAGUCUGAACGGGGCCAACCCUGGGCCCCUGCGCAGGAUGGGGGUGGUGGAAAGACGGGAGCUGAAGCUGGCCAGACUCAAGCAGAUCAUGCAGCGCUCUCUCAGCGAGUCCGACUCGGACACCUACCCCCCUGAAGAGGCCAAACAUGGGCCCCCCCCAGGGGUGCGCCUAGAGAGACCCAGCCACCUACCCAUUGCAGAGAGCGAGGAACCUGUCGGCAGCCUGCAUCUGGGCAUGAAGAAGCACACCUCGACCACCGAGCACAAGUCAGCUUUCGCCCUCAGCACCUCCAAGUCCAUGGAUGGAUACCCCUCGCCCACAUCGGACAAAAGCGAGCUUGACGCUGACGGGAAACCGGAGGCCGGUGGAGAUUUCCCCGACUACAACAAUGGACAAAAGAUCACGACGAGCCCCAAAAGUGCACUCAAAUCGCCUACCUCUCGAAGGAAGACCUCCCAGAACCUGAAACUGAGGGUGACCUUUGAUGAGCAGGUGGUUCACAAGACGGGGCCACCAGAGAGUGAGCCGCCCAAGGGUGCCCACAGUAAAGAAGGAGCCGGAGGUAGGACUCCCACAGGGUCUGAGACGGUGAAGCGCCCGUUCGGGACAUUCCGCUCCCUAAUGGAAUCGCUGAGUGGAAAUCAGAACAGCAACAAUAAUAAUGUCCAAACGUCUCCCUCUGUCAAACAGUCAAGCUGUGGUGUGUCCCAGGGCUCGCCUGGCAGGAAAACUGAGGUUAAAACCAGUCCAUGUGGGCACUCCAAGGGCAAGAGCAAAGCUAGUGCUGUUUAGGGGCCUUUGUUGUUGUUUUUUAAAGGACACAAUAAAAAGCAUUGUACUUUC